GAGACUGAGACAACAACACUGAUGGAGGAGGUGAAGAAGAAGAUGAAUGACGAAGCGGUGGAGAGAAUCACAGAGAGACUCUCAUCUUUAGACAAUCUCUAUUUCCCACGCGCCGUCCAAUCCACCACCACUCUCCCCUCACAGCGCAAGACGCUCCUCCGCGACCUCCUCUCCCGCGACGCCGCGCUCUUCCUCGAACGCUACGGUUCCGAACUCACGUGCACGGAGCUGGGCGAUUUCGAUUCGAUGACGGACGAUUACGAGGUGAAUUGGCACGUGACGCGGCUGCGGAGCGCGAUGAGUCCGACGGCGGAGGAGCUGAGGAGGACCAAGGUGAGGGUGAAGAACCGGCGGCGUGCUUACCUGGAUAGGUUGGUGAUGGGUGGGCGGUACUUCUCCGAGGAGGCGAUGAGGGAGAGGGAGCCUUACUUGCAUCAUGAGUAUGUGGGGAGGUUUCAGGAUCAGAGUGGGAGGGGUAUGGCGAGGCCCGGGGAGCGGUGGUCGGAGACGCUGUUGAGACGGUGUGAGGAGGCGGAGCUGGUGGCUAAGAUUAGAGGGGAGCAGCAGAGGAUGGGGGUUGCUGAAAGGGAUUGGGUUGGUAAUGAAGGAUUUCAACAACAAGAAGAGGAGGAAGAGGAAGAGGAAGAGGAAGAGGAAGAGGAGGAGGAAGAAGAAGAGGAAGAGGAAGAGGGAGAGAGGACAAGUGGUGGUGUUACUGCACUUCCUGUAGAGGUACUACUCUCUGAACUAUCAAUUCAGAGGGAUAUGAAUCAGCCAGAUGUAACUGAUAAUGCCCCAUCUGGUUCAGCUAGCGAGAGUCAGGAAUCAACUUUAUCUUCAGAAGAGCUGGAGGACCGGAUGAAUCAAUUCGCGUACAUUAUGCAGCAGAAGUUUCUAUUAGGGGAAGACCAUGAAUACCUAGAUUACGCUAAAAUAGAUAAUGAUGAGACCCUUGACGAUCAUUGGCAGAGGGAGGCCAAUAUUGAUGCUGAAGAGAGAUAUUUUGCUGAUGAUUAAGCUAUAGCAUCAUUUUGGGUAACAGGGAAUCACAUUGCAGAUAUUGUAUCAUUUUGGGUAACAGGGAAUCAAAUUGCAGAUAUUGUAUCAUUUUUGCUCCAUUUGCCCAUCUUGAAACUUUUAAUGGUCUUAAAUUAAUGGAUUGUGAUCCUAAUAUAAGGUAAAUUGUUAGGGACUAA